AUGUUGAUGAAUGCAACAUAGAGUUUUAAAGAACCUUCUUCUAAAACUAUACUUCAGACAAAAAAUCAAUUUGUUAAUCCAAGGCAAAGGUUUAAUAAGACUCUCAAAAUUUCAAGUAAAAAUUACAAUACAAAUCAAAGUUACGCCCAUGUAAAUAAUAACAAUGCGGGAAACAAUAAUCAAAUGACCGCAGGAGGAAUAGAUGAGCAAAGAUUUCAGCUAAUUGUUAAAAACUCCUUAAUAAGCCCCUAUAGCAAAUAAUCCAUAGUGGCAUCUAGCACUAGCAAUAUCAAUAGCUAUGCAAAUUCUCCAUAAACUAAUAGAGCAUCCCUUAAAAGCCAGCAGCAAGGUACCUUCUCAAAGCAGCGAAUGUCAUAAUAGUUUUUUGGCUAUGAUUUCAAUUCAACUUAGCAGGAUUUUCUGAUUGAGUCUAAGGAAUUUAUAUAAAAUAACCGUGAUUCAGCUCUAAAGAACUAUAAUCAUAAUGAUACUAUUUACAAUUCAAAGCAAAGGAUCUUGCCUGAUUUGAAUAAUAUUAAAUCUUAGAUUAUGUUCAGUCCAUAGAAAUAGCAAGCAGCUUAAAUGCUCAAUAGAAACUAAUCUCAGAUCAGACCUAGCACUAAUUUUGAAUAUUAAAAUAAUCCCUCUAUUUCAAUAAAGAGCAAAGUGAUUGGAAUAAGAUCAAAUUCAUUGAUUAGCAUCGAUGAUACUAUAGCAGCUACUUAGAGGAGCUUCAAUCAUAAUCCUAGACUUAGAAAAGGUUAUGCUCUGAAGGCUGCUUAAAAGCUGUCCUCUUAAUACCAAAUCUCUUAAAACCCUAAAAAUGGAACCAUUUAAGACCUUAAUAUUGUUGUAAAUAAAAUGCUGAUUACUACAAGAUAAUGA